UCAUUAAUUAAUGAAUGACGUCAUUCUAAUAACAUACAUUUAUAAAAUUUAAUAUAUUUUUCUUUUUUAUCACUCUAAUAUUUAUAAUCUGUGUGGGCUAUAUAUACUAAGAUUUGAUUGUAUAUCUUAUUGCAAGUCGUUAUUUGAAGAGUGAAAACAAAUACGAGGAAAGAACACAGUUGUCUGUAAUUGUGGGUGAAGGAUCCAUCACCUGUAAUGGCUAGUACGCGAGAGCAGGCGAAACAGUACUUGGCCGAACACAGGAUUCCACAGAUGUUUGAAGGACUCAUCAGCAGUCUAAUGAUUGAACGACCCGAGGACCCAGUGGUGUUCAUUGAACGGAAACUGGCCAUGAUCAAAGAUAUCGGAGUGGACAAUGUGAACUGGGAAACGUUUGUGCACGACCUCCAUCCUUACAGAGAUGCUUUGAGGAGACGCUUGAUCAGAGAUGGGUCUAAAUUUGACAAGGAAUACGAGAUUGACUUAGAGAUGAGAAAUAAAAAGAUGGACGAGAAGGAAUACCCCGAGGAGAAACGAGACGAGACGUAUCAACCGGACGUCUUUCAGCUGACGGAACCCCAAGCUUAGUUACAACGUGACAUCCAAAAGACGAAAAUGCAUAGAUCAUUAAAUUAAAAAAAAAAACGAAAGAAAGAAAGAAAAAAAAACCGUGCCUUCAUUAGUCGGCUGGGGUUGAGGUAUGGACUGGAGGCGGACAUUUAAACAUAGAACUGGAAUUGAUAACAUCUCACGAUUGUGCUGUUUAUUUAUCAUCACUUUUUUUCUCUCAUGUUUUUUCUCACGUGUUUGAACACCAGACUGAACGGGUAUUGCUUGUUCUCUAUUUGUCGGUGUGGAGAAUGCCACCACUGGCCACAAUAAAUAUUGACAGUGACACACCUGUAUGGUCAUUAGUAAUUAAAGUUAAGCAUUUCGUUCAGAUAGAUACUAAAGAUCAUUUGGGAUUCAUAUACAUUUUACCAGAACUGAGGUUGACAUAUUUUUGGUAACCUCUUUACUAUUUUAAUAUAGUUUCGAUCAGUAUUUCCAUAUACACGUUGCAUUUUUUGAUAACUUAGAGAACUGCUGGGUAAUAUUAUCAGUAUUCACACUGAAUAUUUAGGUUUUUAUACUUGUAUGUACUGUGUCCAUUAAUUCGUAUAUAACUCUAAAAUUCGACAAUUUGGGGAAUUUUUUUAUUUCAUCCGUCAUAUUAUUUAGUUGUGUUUCUUUGUUUCGUGGGUUUUUUUUUUUUUUAGGGAGGGGGGUCUGUUAAGUACUAUUUAAUGUUUUAUAUAUUUUUUUUUUUUUUUUGUUCGUUUGAUUUGUUUUAAUUAGUAAUUCAAUCACUCUUAUGUGUCUGUAUUUAAUGUUUUGUUUUUGUUUUGUUCGUUUCUUUGUUGUUUCAUGUUUUUUUUAUCUAAAGGAAUGUUUUGGAAUUCGGCCAUGUCCAUUAUGUUUGUCUUUAUUCAGUCAUACGUCAAAGCAACUUUUGGCACAUGUUGCAGAUAAACCAGUUUAAUUUACACCGGAAGCCGUGUUCCCUCUCUACUUAGAGACGAAAAUGUACUCAUACUCUCUCUCUCUCUCUCUCUCUCUCUCUCUCUCUCUCUCUCUCUCUCUCUCUCUCUCUCUCUCUCUCUCUGUUGAAGCUGCAAUUUGACGCUAAAAAAUUUUUACUCUUUUUUUCUUUUUUUUCUUUGACCUUUGGCACAAGGGAGGCUAUGCUUCAUUGUCACCACUUUUCCCCUAUAGAGGUAUUCACGCUGCACAGCGAGUAACGAAAUUUAGCGUCGGAAUCCAUUCAUAAUUAUGUUUAUAUUAAAUACAUUUUAAUUGUUUAGAAAAAUGCAUACAGUGCUAUUUCUGAACACCGACCCACCCCCAACUAAAUAAUAUUUUAACAAGUAUGAUACUAGUGAUCAUCCCAAAUAACUCUUACGAUAGAUUCUUCUUCUAAUCUUCCUUCUUUUUUAUCUUCCUCUUCUUAACUGUUGAAGCCAACAGUUGGUAUUUGUAGGCUUCAUUUUGGAAACCUACAUCUUGCAUUCAGUAUUAAUACUUCUAGGGUCCACCAUAAGUUCACAUUGAUGUGGUAUAUUUUUUGUUUUUGUUUUUUUAUAUUAAAUCAAAAGGUAUGCUUUGAACUGCAAUAAAAAUGUGUGUAGAAUUUUGUAUAUUUUUCGUCAAGGUGCGGGGUAAUGUGUGAAACCUUGUUAAAAGCCAAAAAUGUAAUAAAAUAUUUUGAUACUU